AUGAAGAACUUCCCACCCGUCCCAAGAGACAGAUUCGUCUACACCCAUAACCCGGUACCCUAUCCGAAUGAGCUGCUGGUUGCCGAGAUAGCGACUCACCAUGCCACUGCACAGGAGUACCGACUCGAGCUCACCAGCAGUGCCAUUGCUGAUCUGGAUAUCCACAGGCCCGAUAUCGGGCUCAUCUCGAAACAGCCCCAGCUUACGCCCGACUACAGAAUUCCGCUGAUGGAUUUUCUGGCCAGAUGUGCCCGGAAAACACGAGUCGCGCCAAUGGCCUUCUACAGGGCAGCCAGACUUUUCGAUCGGUACUGCUCUCGUAGAGUUGUUCUGGUAGAACAGGCCAAGCUGGUUGCAGCAACGUGUUUGUGGCUUGCGGCAAAGGCUGAUGGGGGCUUCAAUCACCCGUUCUCGUCGGCUGCAUGCCCUACCGGUGGCCGCUUUCUGGGUCCCUCGGUGCGUGCUCGGAUCCCUAGACUAGCAGAGCUUUGCUCGCUUUGUGAGCCUGUUAGUGGUUAUGACGAGGGCAUGUUCGUGCAGAUGGAGCGUCAUGUUCUGGACACUCUUGACUGGCAAGUGACUGAGCCUACCAUCCACGAAUGGGUGAUGACGGCCGCCGAGAACUCCACUGCCUCGGGCUUUCUUUCGGACCAAAAUGCCGACGUCGUUGCUCUUAAGCUGUUUCUAUGUGACUGCACCCUUUAUUCCACGGAUCUCAUUUCGAUCCAUCCCGCAGAAUUGGCUGCUUCCGUGCACGAUGUGCUCUCUCGGAUCUGUGGGAUUGCCUACGACUCUGAGCAAUACGGAUGUACCCUUCCGCGAGUAUCACGGAGCGUCACUGUGAGACUUCUGGAAGCCAUCUCCCAGGCAUCUCCUGGUUUACUGAGAUGUUCGGAAACGCCAGUGGUUCCAGAGUUCGCCCGUCGUGCUCGCUGGUACUGGCAAUCGCUCCAGGCGCAAACUCCUGCGGCACCAGCUCCUUCACCAUCACCAGAUCCCGAGGUAUUUGCUGAGUAUCACCACACAGAUGACAGCGAUGUUGACUCUAUCUUUGAUCAGUGUAUGUCUUCGAUGAGUUCGUUUGCUCCCUCGCCCAUGGUUACCCCAAACAGAGAGAAGCCUGUGUAG